CCGAGCACGCGGCCGGGCCGAGUCCUCCAGCUGUUGGGGUGCGAGUUCUAUUUCUCCUUUGUCUUACCUCUGCGGGAACUGGGCGAGGAGGAGUCAGAGUUCGUCUGGACAAAUAAGGGCUGGAACACGUGGUGGAAAAUAGAAGAACUGUUGGCUUUCACAGAGCUCACAGUCUAAGGUGUUUGUUGGCGGCACCUGGAUCAGAACUACCCAGAAGUGAUUGUUAUUAGUCUGCUACAAUCCUUCCCAGAGGAAGCAGUGAGGGCAAGAUGAGGCAGCAGAUGAACCGAAGGGCAAAGCCAAGUGGCCCAAAAGGCCUGAGUGAAGAAACUCUCCACCAAGCCGAACCAAGGCAGGACCACAGGAGGGAAACUCUCUGUGAUGAUGAUGACCUGCUGUAUGAGAUUAAUCAUAUUGUUGGAGAUGAUGAUUUUUCAGACUGUUACAUAGAAUGUGUAAUAAGAGGUGAGAUUUCUGAAUCCAUCCCACAAGAAGAGUUCCUUAACUCCUUUGCAAUCCUGAAGGAAGAAACAGAAAAAAAUCUUUCUGAGCAGAUUGUUCAGGGUACUACCAGCUCCCUUCCUAAGCCUUCAUUGUCACCCAUGACCAAAGGCACCCAACAAGAGCUUCCUCAACAGAUGUUUGAAACGAAUUCACCACCUGGAGAUUCUGAGCACACACCAAGCAAGAAGCUCGCUUCUGGAGGACUACCCAGUGGUAACUUGGAUCCUAAACCAGUCACAGAAGGUACUGGAAAGAAGCCCCCGAAUAGUAAUGCAUGUGAUGCUCUGAAGCUAAUGAUUUGUCCUGAGAGGGGCUGCACAAAAAUGGUGAGAAACAAAGCUGCCCUGAAGAAGCAUUCCCUAGUUCAUAGUCCCCGGCAGUUUGUGUGUUCCGAGUGUGGGCGUGCAUUUGCAGAAAAGGCCAAGCUGACGCGGCAUUAUCUGGUGCACAGUGGAGAGAAGCCAUUCCAGUGCACAUAUGAAGGAUGUGGGAAACGCUUUUCCCUGGACUUCAACUUACGUACACAUGUACGCAUCCACACUGGCGAGAAACGUUUCGAGUGUCCUUUAGAUGGCUGUAACAAAAAGUUUAUUCAGUCCAGUAACAUGAGAGCUCACGUCUUAACUCAUAUGAAGAAGACAAAGUAAUCAUAGAAGAAAGAGAGAAAAUGGAAGAUAAACCUCAUUAGUAGAAAAGUAAUUGCAGAAAAAUUUGCAUCCUAGAUUGUUGCUUCUAGACGGGGAUUUUUAAGAAUUAUCCUUGAACAAAAUAAUGGGUUUCCUAACACUUUCAUAUAUAUAUGUAUGUAUAUAUAUGAAAUAUAUUUGAUCAUCUU